AUGGACCGCAGAGGAGACCAUCGCAGAGACGACCGCUGGGGCCGGGAGGAGGUGCGGCGAGGGCGGCCUGACGACCGGCGAGGUGACCGCGGCCGCGACGCCCGCGACGCCCGCGACCCCCGCGAUGCGCGCGAUGCGCGCGAUGAUCGGGACGGCCGCGAGGGCCGCGAGGGCCGCAGGUGGGGGCAACAGGAGGUGAGGAGAGAGCCGCGGGGCUAUCGCGAGGAGCGCCGAGACCACGGGUACCGCGACGGCGACCGAGAAGAGUGGCGCCCUGAGGACCGCCAGGACCGCCAAGACCGCCCGGGCCGGCGGGAGCCCCCUCCGCCGCGGGAGCGCUCCCGCAGUGUGCGCCAGGAGCGGCCAGGCGCGGCACGAGAGGUCCGGAUCCAGGCGCGGAAGGAGGAGGAGAGUAGCUAUAGUCAGGAUGAGCCGCCGCCCAAGAAGGAGCCGAACCGAGGUGAGCCCGAUGAGGAGGAGGAAGAGGAAGAGGCCUGCGAGAGCGCGGCGCCGGUUUCUGCGAAGCAGAAGGCGCCGCAGGCCUCCGCACCUCCGCCCAAGGUGAUCGCGCCGCCUCUGCACGUGAGUGGGUGCCAAAACGACACCAUCAGCGACAUCAUCGCUGGGGUCUACGUGCCGGACACCAUGAACCACGGCAAGGUGGUCUACAAGAAGCAAGAGAAGUCUCGAGGUCUUGACGUGCUCAUCUACUACUGGGAUGACCGGGACGGUCCGGAGCUCUGCGGCUGGUGGUUCGGCCCCAACGUGGGUGGCGACCAGGUCUGGGCCUACCACCCCAGCCGAACCGCCGGCACGCCCCCCGCCUCGGAGUGGAACGUGCCCCACGAUGGGGACAUCGACAGCACCUUCCGGGUGUCUGCUCUGCGAACCGGGGGCUCCGGAACUGGGGGCUCCGGCAAAGGUGCGCCGCCCGCACCGGCCCCUCGGCGGGGGGAGCCUCAAGGCGAGGCCAGCCCAAGGAGCCGGCCCAGGGAGGCACGGGCGCGAGAGGCGCCUCCAGCGCCUGCGCCGGCGCCACCGACGCGCUCCGGCCGAGACCGCACACAGUCGGCGGCGCGGCCGGCGCCCUCGCCGGCCUCCGUGGCCUCCGGGCAGCGGGCGCGCUCGCAGCGCUCCAGGGAGGCGUCGGCGCCCCGCAGCGAGCCGACCCGCAGAGAACGUUCGCCGCCCAAAGCGGAGGGGCCCACGGCUCCUGGUGGCAACUCCCACGCCUAUUUUGUGGACGCCUACAACCGCAGGCGACAAGAGCGUGAGGAGCAGCGGAAGAAAGAGGAGGAGCGCCGUCAGCCGCGCGGCGGCGAAAGGGACCGAGAGCGCGAGCCGCCGCGGGACCGCGAGCCGCCGCGUGACCGCGAGCCGCCGCGGGACCGCGAGCCGCCGCGGGACCGCGAGCCGCGGGAGCCGUUGCGUCGGGAAGAGCGGCCGGCUCGCGAGGCGCAGGAGCCCAAGCGCCAGGUGGUGCGGCAGAUCCAGGACAUGAAGGAGGUCAUGGACAGACAAGCAGAGGAGGAGCGCCGGCAGGUGGAGGAGCUGAAGCGCCGCGCCGAUGAGCGACGGAAGCGGGAGGAGGAGUUCCAACGGAAGAUGCAGAGCAUCAUGGACAAGACGAAGACCAGGGAGCCGGCGCCCGACAAGUCCCGAGAGCCCGGCGACAGAGACCGUCGCCGGGACGAGCGGGAUGACCGCGACAGAGGCGAUCGCGAGCGCGGCGACAGAGGUGACAGAGGUGACAGAGGCGACAGAGGCGACAGGGGCGACAGGGGCGACAGGGGCGACCGCGAGAGACGCCCUGAUCGAGACCGCGAGCCCAGCGAGCGCCGUGGCCGCGCAGAAGAGGACGAGCGCGCUAGCAAGCGCCGACGCGAGGACGAGGACUACCGGCGCCGGGGCGAGGAGGAGCGGCACCGCAAGCAAGAGGAGGAGAGGAGAAGAGGCGAUGAGCGGCGGAAGGAGGACGAGGGGGAGCGGAAGCGGAGAGAGGAGCAGGACAAAGUUAGAAGAGAGGAAGAGAAAAGGAAGAAGGAGGAGGACAUGAGGCGGAGGGAGGAGGAGCUGCAGCGGCGGCGGGACGAGAAGCGGCGAAGGGAGGAGGAGGAAAGGAAGAAGGCUGAUGAGGAGAGACGAGCCAAGCAGGCAGAGGAGCGCCGCCGGGACGAGGAGCGCAGAAAGAUAGAAGAGGAGAGGAACAAGGAGGAGAUGGAGCGCAAGCGCCGGGAGGACUGGCAGCGCCACGAGGAGGAGCUCCAGCGCCGGGCAGAGGAAGAGAAGCGCAAGGCGGAGGACGAGCAGAAGAGGAGGGAGGAAGAGGCCAAGGUCCUGCGACAGCAGCAGGCCACGCUCUCGGUGCUGCGGGUGCUCCAGAAGCUGUCGAACGCCAGCCCCGACAACUUUGAGACUUUGAACAAAGAGCUCGAGGAGGUUUUGGCCAACGAACUGCUGGAGACUGGAGCACAGCAGGAAAUCCUCAAGGCUGAGGCAGACAGGGUCUUGGAGUAUGCCAAGCAGUACGUCGAGCAGGUGUUGUUCAUCCUCGCAGACGACUAUGGCUGGGGCAAUAUGGGCGUGCACCGACGGAACCCCACGUCCCCGGAGGAGGAGCAAGCGGAGGCGGAGGUCCAGACCCCGGUGCUCGACUCCCUGAUCGACACCGGCGUGUUGCUGGACCGGCACUACACUUACAAGAUCUGCUCGCCUACGCGCUCCUCCCUCCAAUCGGGACGCCUGGCAGUGCACGUGAAUCCAGUGAACUCGGCAGUGACCUCCCGCAAUUACGACGACCCGGUGAGCGGAUACGCGGGGAUCCCUCGCAACAUGACAGGCAUCGCGGAGAAGAUGAAGUUGGCGGGCUACCAGACCCACAUGGUGGGGAAGUGGGACGCCGGCAUGGCCACGCCGGAGCAUUCCCCCAAGGGCCGAGGCUAUGACACCUGGUAUGGCUACUACCAGCAUGCCAACGACUACUGGCGCAAGAGCACUGUGUUCCUGGCCACCGGAGAAAUCGAUGCGUGCCUGAACCGCAUGAAGGACUUGUCCAUGCACAACGCCUCGUACUCGGGCCCGGUCUUGGACCCCGCCUCCUUGUCCGCGGCCUGUCAGGAGGAUGAGGAGGCAGAUCCCGCCUGCUACGAGGAGUACCUCUUCAAGCAGCGGACGCUUGAGAUCAUCCGGAACCACGAUGUCUCGAAGACAGAGAAUCCUCUUUUCCUCUUCUACUCCUUCCACUUGAUCCACACCCCCCUCCAGGUGCCCAAGGCCUGGCUGGCGAAACUGGAUGGCCUGGUGAAGGCUGCGGGGGGCAAGCCCUUCGAUUCCGAGAACCGGCGCCUCUACGCGGCCAUGACUUUGUACAUGGACGGCGCCAUCGGCGAGGCGGUGGACGCGCUCAAGGAGAAGAAGAUGUACGACAACACCCUGAUCAUCUUCACCUCGGACAACGGAGGGCCCAUCUACGAGCCCGGGGCUGCGUCCAACCACCCAUUCCGAGGGGGAAAGUACGGGGACUGGGAGGGCGGCACUCGCACCAACGCCUUCGUGUCCGGCGGCUUCGUGCCGCGGGAGAGGCGCGGCUCAGUCUACGAGGGCAUCAUCAACGUGGCGGACUGGUACGGCACCUUGACGCAGAUCGCGGGGGUGGAGAUGUUCGACCACCGCGCGGAGGCCGCCAACGCCUUCCUCAAGGAGAAGGGCUUGCCCCUGCUUCACACCGUGGACAGCGUGCCCAUGUGGUCGAACAUCGUGGAGGACAAGUUGGGGCGCACGGAUCCGAUGCAUCUCAGCUCCCAGGCAGUGCUCAUGUGGCCCUACAAGCUGAUCACAGGCAAGCAGCCUCUGAGCGUGUGGGUGGGGCCUUUGUACCCCAACUGCUCCACCGUGCACUCGCUGGCGGGCGGGAAUGGGCCGAUUCCCCCGCAGCAGGACGUCAAGAUCUUCGGAGAGCCGCUGCCCUUGGCGCCCACGCAGGAGGAGAUUGAUCGAACCACCUGGACCAUCGACUGCAAGGACGGCUGCCUCAUGAAUGUGCGCGACGACCCCACGGAGCAUAACGACCUGGCAGCGGACCCCAAGUAUGCCAGCGUCCUCGCCAAGAUGCAGGCCACGCUGAAGGAGCUGAACAAGGACCUCUUCGAGCCGGACCGGGGUCUGGAUCGCGUGGAGGCGUGCCAGGUGGCAGUGGAGCAGAGCCACACCUUCGGGCCCUUCGUGGACUCCAAGGACUUCUAUAGCCCGGCGCCGGAGAAGAGCCUCCUGCAGAAGGUGGAGGACCAGCUUCUGCUGGCCACGCUGGAAGUGGUGAACAACGACCUCGUGCGGACUCCGCUCAUCAAGGCAGUCCAAGCGGCCAGCGGCAAGCUGCUGCCACACAUCGGAGGGCGCUGGGACAAGUGCAUUGCUCCGGAAGCAGCGGACUCCGAAAUGAUCACCAUCUGA